ACCUCGUGAUCCGCCCGUCUCGGCCUCCCAAAGUGCUGGGAUUACAGGCUUGAGCCACCGCACCCAGCCUAUGCUUUAUUAGUAUUAUUUAGUUUAAGGGUAUUUCUUAUUGUCCCUUGGACUCCGCUCCAAGGGACAGGGGAGUGCAUAUGUGUCUUCGAUUCCUUCCUCACUUCCCUGAUUUGAUGUCAGAGAAGUCUGACAUCAGUCUGAAGUCUGGCCUUGGCGGUCAGCCUUAUCUCUGAGUCCAACUCCACUGCCUUUGUGCUUAAUGUAAUAUGACACUAUAUUUUAUAAAAUAUCUACAUUUCUUAAGCCUCUGGCUCUUGGGGCGACUUUGGGUAGAACUUACAAGUUCCUCCUUUGAAUUCUUCUAGUGUUUUGUUCCGGGUUUUAAAGCUAACAUCACACUGUAUUACAGUUAGUUGUUUAUCUGCCCUCACAGCAGUUUAUGAGCUUACGGAAAGCCUGGCUACAUUUUACUUAUUUUGGACUUCUUCCUCACCAAGAGACUGCUGUAGUGCCUGUCAUGCUAGGGUGAGAAAAUAGGUUUAUCAAGCUGUUGUGUCAACCUUCAGUUCUCAUCUUGGAGAAGAGGUCACAGAUGACCCAGGCAGAAAGUUGAGAAGAAGGAAUGACAAUGGUUCUUGUCGCAUGGGAGAUGCAGAUGUGAUGGCCACAGACCCAGAGCCUGGAAAACAAGCAGAGUGCAGAGUGGGCAGCUGAGCCUUGAGUGAACUCAGGAUAUAGAAGUGGAGAGGGAUCCAUCAGGAGUGCCUUCUUGAUAAAAGGUGACAGCGGCAUGGCCAUAUGCCCCAGGCUUUCCUGCUGGGGUCCAUCCAUGAGCCUGCAGGUGCCCUGAUGGAGCCCCAGCCCUGCCCUGGAAGCUUGGCUGAGAGCUUCCUGGAGGAGGAGCUUCGGCUCAGUGCUGAGCUGAGCCAGCUGCAGUUUUCGGAGUCUGUGGGCGUCAUCUACAAUCCCUUGGAAUAUGCAUGGGAGCCACAUCGCAACUACGUGACUCGCUACUGCCAGGGCCCCAAGGAAGUGCUCUUCCUGGGCAUGAACCCUGGACCUUUUGGCAUGGCCCAGACUGGGGUGCCCUUUGGGGAAGUAAGCAUGGUCCGGGACUGGUUGGGCAUUGGGGGGCCUGUGCUGACCCCUCCCCAAGAGCAUCCUAAACGACCAGUGCUGGGACUGGAGUGUCCACAGUCAGAAGUGAGUGGUGCCCGAUUCUGGGGCUUUUUCCGGAACCUCUGUGGACAGCCUGAGGUCUUCUUCCAUCACUGUUUUGUCCACAAUCUAUGCCCUCUGCUUUUCCUGGCUCCCAGCGGGCGCAACCUCACCCCUGCUGAGCUGCCUGCCAAGCAGCGAGAACAGCUUCUUCGGAUCUGUGAUGCAGCCCUCUGCCGGCAGGUGCAGCUGCUGGGGGUGCGGCUGGUGGUGGGAGUUGGCCGACUGGCAGAGCAGCGGGCACGACGGGCUCUGGCAGGCCUGAUGCCAGAGGUCCAGGUGGAAGGGCUCCUGCAUCCCUCUCCCCGUAACCCACAGGCCAACAAGGGCUGGGAGGCAGUGGCCAAGGAAAGAUUGAAUGAGCUGGGGCUGCUGCCACUGCUGUUGAAAUGAGUGCCCCUAGGGCCUUGUAUGGGACACAUUCAAGACCUCGAAGUCAUUCUUGGCCAAACAGGUGACAACACAUCUCCUGGACUGGAGCAAAAAGUCCUUCUGUGCUCCCUGGUCGCUGGGAAAUGUAUUCUUUGAUCUGUUGAACUGUCUUCCAACCUGCCGUGGCAGUUUUGACACUACUCCUGUUUGCCCUCCUGAUUCCUGCUUUCUUUACCUUUGAACAUUGCCCCUUUCAGGGGACCCCAGUUUGUAGGGAAUCCACAGAAGGUGUGCUUUUGCACUUGCAGACUGCUCUACCUCAGUGUUUCCUCGGGAGACUAUUCAGCUGAGAGUGCCCUAGACAGUAACUUCCAAGGUCACAUUUACUAUUUCCAUGGAAGUACCUUGCCAGGACACCUACCCAUCCUUAUAGAACAGCUACCUUCAGCUGACCCCUUUCCUCACAGGGACCAAGACAAAGCAUGGGACAUGAAAUUAAGAGUGAACUUCUUAUGGGAGGCUGCAGCUGGAUCAGAGGAAAAAUCCAGUGUGGCAGAGUGAAAGUCAGAAGACCUGGCUUUUCAUCCCAGCUUUGAGACUUGGAACUUUUUGAUGGACAAAUUGAUAAACCUCUUUAAGCCUCAGGCUCCUCAUCUGUAAAAUGGGGAUGCCUACCUUAUGGGGUUGGUAUAAGGAUUAACUGAGAUAACAUUUGAAAGUGCCUUACAUGGGCCUGGCAUGUGGGUGCUCAUUACAUAGUCUUCUUGCUUUCUUGCCUCUGGGUUGGGGAUUCACAGCACUGCACUACAAGGGUAGCCCCUCUCCAUUCUGGAUACCUUGCUAGGGGAGAGUCUGGGCUUCCACCUGUGGCCAGGGUGAGGGGAGAAUUCUUGCCUUGUCAGAGAUGGAUCAGUGACUAUGAAAAACCUAGCCUGUGAUUUUUUUUUCACUCUAAGCAUUAAAAGCUCCUAAAGCCUUUUGUCUUCUUACUUUCUUCCCCCUCUUGCAUGCUAGAGGGGGAUGAUAGUCAUUUAGAUUUCCCCCCUCUUACCUCUUCAUUGUUGGCAAGGGGUUCUCUUGGGUAGCUGGGAGAAGGAUGUAGUAGAUCUCUUUUUUUUUUUUUUGAGAUGGAAUCUCAUUCUGUUGUCCAGGCUGGAGUGCAGUGGUGUGAUCUCAGCUCACUGCAACAUCUGCCUUCCGGGUUCAAGUGAUUCUCUUGCCUCAGCCUCCUGAGUAGCUGGAAUUACAGGCAUGCGCCACCACGCCUGGCUAAUUUUUGUAUUUUUAGUAAAGACAGGGUUUCACCAUGUUGGCUAGGCUGGUCUCAAACUCCUGACUUCAAGUGAUCCACCUGCCUUGGCCUCCCAAAGGGCCGGUGCCUGGCUGGAUUUGGUAGAUCUCUAAUUGCCUUACCAUACCUGCAGGGUCUCUGUUAAGUGUCUGUUGGGAUCUUAUAUGAUACCGUGGACACUGCGAGAAACAGAUGAUGGGGCAGAUGGGAACCUGGGAUCCAGCUCAUUUUUUAUGUCUGCUGAAUGGUUGAUUGGGUGCCCCUUUGUUUGGUAAGGGCUGGGAAAGUGAACCAAGUUGGAAGCAGAGCAGGUCUUGAGACCACCUUAAUGAGGAACACAUGGUCUACUUCCCAUCUCCUGGGACACAGGUAAUUUCCAGCUUCCAAAAUUAAUAAGAUUUUUCAUAUAAAUCCUCCCCUACUUCAUUGUAUAAUAAAUAAUUUGGCCUUUGUCUUCAGUUCCUGAGAAGAAGACUCUAAAUUCUUAGAAUUUCCCAAGUGAUAGGAGUAUCUUUGUUUUUCGUGGCGGGUCCCUGAAACUACACCUGAAUUUAUGUUGAGAUUUGACCUUAGGCCACACCUUAUUUUAUAUUGAAAUUUGAUCUCAGACCACACCUGAGUUUAUGGUAAGAUCUGGCUGAGGAUAGAGGCUGACCAUGCCAGAAUGACCAACCAUAUAGUUACAGGGCUGGGACUUGGAGCUGGAUGAUAUCAGCUUGAUCCCCAGGGAGGGGAGAGGGGCUAGAGAUUGAGUUCCGCCACAUGCCCAUGAUUUUAACCACAUUAUACCUAUGGUAAAACUCUCUAUAUAAAAACUUCUCACACUGAGGUUUUGGUCAGCUUCCUGGCUGGUGAACACAUGGAUGUGCUGAGGGAUGAGCAGAGGGCACACAGCUGUGCCUGGACACUCCUGGACUCUACCAUAUAUUUGUCUUCAUUUGGCUGGUUCUGAUUUGUAUCUUUUGUAAUAGAAUUAUAAUCAUAAGUAUAGCA